UGGAGAUGCCGAGAGAAGGCUCUUUCUUAUGUCAGAGGGACACUGGAAGCAUCCUACCAGAAGUUACCAUCGUACCUGUUCAUGCUUCAACAGAAAAAUCUCGGGACGUUGACAGAUUUUGUCACUAAGGAAGAUCGAUUCAAAUAUUGCUUUUUCUCACUCGGAGUUAGUAGAAGAGGGUUUCGUACAUGUCGUUCUGUGUUAUGUGUGGACGGUACCUUUUUAAAGACAAAAUACGGUGGGCAGAUGUUAUGUGCAGUCGCACUGGAUGCAAAUAACCAUCUAUAUCCAGUUGCAUUUGGUAUUGUGGAUAGUGAGAAUCAUGAUUCUUGGAAGUAUUUCAUGUCAAAGCUAAAAGAAGCGAUUGGGGAAGUCGAGGACCUGGCGUUUGUAUCUGACAGGCAUGCAAGUAUUACACAUGCCUUGGAAACUAUUUUCCCCGAUGCCUAUCACGGUGCUUGCUACCACCACAUUAGUAUGAAUGUGGUUGCUAAAUUCAAGACUUAUCAUUGUCAUGUGUUGAUGUAUAAUGCGGCAUAUGCUUUUAGGAAAUUCGAGUUCCACGCUUUCUUUGAAAAAAUCAAAUCAAAAGACCCAGCCAUUGCUCAAUACCUAGAAGGAAUGGGUUUUGAUAAGUGGUCCCGUGCUUACUUUCCUGGAAAUAGGUAUAAUAUAAUGACAAGCAAUUACGCUGAAAGUUUCAACAAUAAGACCCGGGACGCUAGGAGCUUUCCGAUAACUACAUUCGUCGAAUUUAUUCGCUUCACACUACAGUCCUGGUUCUGUAAUAGGAGAGAAACUAGCGAGAAGACAACUACCACUCUUGCACCGACCUAUGAGAAAAAUUUGGUGGAUAUGGCUGAGAAAGCUCGAUUCUUGAUUCCUUAUGCAAUAGGGAGGCAUGAGUUCCAUGUGUUAGAUGGUGAGCUGAAUGGUGAAGUCGACCUCCUGAAUAAGACAUGCACAUGCGGCGUGUUUCGGAUUAUUGGUAUCCCAUGUGCUCAUGCACUAUCUGGAUCCCUUAAGCGAGGGGUGAACUUUUAUUCGUUGUGUUCAGAUUACUAUAAAAUUGAGACAUGGAGGUCCUCUUACACAGAAUCUAUAUAUCCUACUGGUAACGAGGAAGAGUGGAUUGUUCCACAUGACAUUAUGACAAUAACAGUGAGAACACCUGCGCAGAAAAACCCGGUUGGUCGUCCAAAGAAGAAACAAGGUAGGCCUAAGACGAAACGCCAUCCUUCCAAUGGAGAUAAAUUGGUUGUUCCACGCAAGUGCAGCACUUGUGGAGGUCUAGGCCAUAAUAGGGCAACUUGUAAAGUUCGUGUUUGAAAUUUAUGGCAUCAAUGUUAAACUUUUUAUUUGGGUACUAAUGGUCUUUGUUACUCUUUUUAUUUGUGUAUUGAUGGACUUUGUUACUCUUUUUAUUUGUGUAUUAAUGGACUUUGUUACUCUUUAUAUUUGUGUAUUAAUGGACUUUGUUAAUCGAAACGACAUUUU